CCCUAGAACGUUAGACCUAUUACUACUACUACUACUGUACACUGUACAUAUUGAACGCGCUUUUCCUCUAACAGGUGCAUCGACUGUCCCAGUCUUACUCAUUACUCUUACUGUACUGCAUGUGCUUGCCUCGUUUAGUCUUUAGAGCUUGAGCUCCAGAUAUUUGAUCAGUUUAUCUCUUUCUGGUGGAAGAUGGCCGUGAAUUCGGCUGCGACGCUGUUUCAACCCGGAACGGCGAGUGUGCCCGCGACAAGAGUAGAAAUCACCGUGUCGUGCAGGGACUUGAGGGACAGAGAUGUCAUGUCCAAGUCAGACCCAAUGUGUGUCUUGUAUACCACCCAGCUCGGAUCCAAACAAUUUGCCGAGUAUGAGAGAACGGAACAGAUCCAGAACACCUUGAAUCCAGACUUUGUCAAGAAGUUCAUCCUGACUUACUUCUUUGAAGAAUGCCAGAGGCUGAAAUUCGAAAUUUAUGAUGUGGACUCCCCCAGACAGAAACUCACCUCUCACGAUUUCCUAGGGAGUCUUGAAACCACUUUAGGAGAAAUCCUGGGUUCCUCUAAUAAUCGUCUGGAGAAACCAUUAAAUGCGAGUGGGAAGAAAGCCGGCAAAAUCAUCAUAGCGGCCGAGGAAGUCAGUGACUGCAAGACACGAGCAACAUUCAGCUUUUGUGGGCACAAGCUGGACAAGAAAGACUUCCUGGGCAAGUCUGACCCCUUCAUGGUCUUUUAUCGCUGCAAUGAAGACAAUUCGUACACAAUAUGCCACAAAACGGAAGUGAUUAAGAACACUCUGAAUCCAUCAUGGCGGCCAUUCCCGAUUCUUGUGAGGGCGCUGUGCAACGGCGACCAGGAUCGGACCAUCAAAGUGGAAUGCUUUGACUGGGAUAGUGACGGAGGUAGCCAUGAUCUGAUUGGUAUAUUCACUACAAACAUGAAGCAGCUUUCCACGGGAAAACAGACAUUUGAGUUGAUAAACCCGAAAAAGAAAGCCAAGAAGAAGGGAUACAAGAACUCGGGCACCAUCGAGCUGACCAACUGUGUGGUCGAGGAACAACCCAGCUUCCUGGAUUACAUCAAAGGAGGCAUGCAGAUCAACUUCACCGUAGCCGUAGACUUCACUGCCUCAAAUGGCAACCCAUCACACAGCAACUCCCUUCAUUACAUCAAUCCCUACCAGCCCAACCAUUACGAGAUGGCCAUCUCGUCGGUGGGGGAGGUCAUCCAAGACUACGACAGCGACAAGCUCUUCCCGGUGCUUGGGUUUGGAGCCAGGAUCCCACCGGAGGGCAAAGUGUCGCAUGAGUUUCCGGUGAAUUUCAACGCCCAGAGCCCGUUUUGCAUGGGCAUACCAGGCAUCAUGCAGGCCUACCAGCAGUGCAUCAGGACAGUGCAGCUCUACGGACCCACCAACUUUGCCCCAAUCAUCAGCCACGUGGCCAAGUUUGCGCAGGCCUACAUGGACGGCUCUAACUACUUCAUCCUGCUUAUGAUCACUGAUGGAGUCAUCUCCGACAUGGAGAUGACCAAGGAGGCCAUCAUACGGGCCAGUUUCCUCCCAAUGUCAAUCAUUAUCAUCGGGGUGGGGCCAGCGGAAUUUGAUGCCAUGGAGGAGCUGGAUGCCGACAAGCAGGCCCUGUCUUACAGAGGUAGAGUGGCAGAGAGGGACAUAGUGCAGUUUGUUCCGUUCCGUGAAUACAUCGGAGGGGUCGGCAGCGGCAACCAGCAUCUCAGCCAGGCCCGACUGGCCAAAGACGUCUUGGCAGAGGUGCCGGACCAGAUCGUCGCCUACAUGAAGAAGCGUGGGAUCCAGCCCAGCGCCAUGCCCGCCAGCCACACGCCGCUGUCCCCGCCCCCGACACAGUGAUACAGCAAUCAAGACCAGCAUGCUCAUGAUCAUUGGCACUCCGAGUCUCACACCGAAUUUGUACUUGUUUUAAAUAUCUUUAUGAAAACCCUAACUCCUGUGUUGCUUGUAACCUUUUUGUAUCAGCCCAAAACUUUGUGCUGCAAACCAUUGGAACAAUUUCGCUCCAACAAGGUCCAGGUAUAGUUGAGUACAUGUUACACAACCCGGAUUGCGUAUAGGCAAGGAUCCAUCAAGAGUCUAGGGCUGUGAGGUUCGAAUAAUUCAGUAUUUCAAUAUUCGACCUUCCAUUCAAUCGAAUAUUCUGUUACACCAGAUUUCUACGCAUGUAGAAUUUAGGAUGGAAACUUGAUGAUGACAUCAGGGAAAAUGACAACAUUGCUUCUGGAAGGAAAAAUUGUAAAUAUGAAAAUAAAUAUAAACAGUCAAACAGUAAACAUUCAAGUGAAUUUUAGACACAAAAAGUGUUUAGAUUAAAGACAUAAAAGGCUUGUUAUGAAGACAGAAUUCAUUGUCAUGGUUUUAAGUUGUCAGUGUAAAUGUUAGAACUGUAAAAAUUGGGCUGAUUGGUAAGUAGGAGCCGCGGUAAUUGUCGGCCUUAUUAUUUGACAUGAUCAGCUGAUGCCUUGAAAGUUUUCACAACACCUUUGAAAGAAGAUUUUAGAGCAAAGUUUUGUUACCGGAUUAAAAACUGCCUUCUGAUUUUUAUUUCAGUGCGUCUUGCCUCGGAAUUCAAUCUCAAAACUAACUAUUUGAACAUUUUGUGUCAGAUCAUUGGCCAAAUUUGGCACAGCCCUAGGAGAGUUCUUUGUAAGCAGGUGUGAAGGACUUGGGGUGGUUGGUUAGGGACAAAGUCAAUGUCCCUUGACAUUCUGCAGUUGCCACACUUUGGCCGCCUGCAUGCCUUCAGCAAAGUUUCUGAUGACAAGAUUUUGUGACAGAAAGGUUGGCGUUCAUCUCCAACUACAUGAACCGCAAAUGCUGAAACUGUUUCUUUUUUCACAAACAGAAUUCAGGAUUUGAAUGUCAGAAUUACCGAGUCACUGGAGGUAGAUGAAACAUUGCUCACAGGGACACAUAAAUGAAGAAAACUGGUCAUUUUGCUGAAGUGUCAGUGCUGAAGUUUUACAUUUCAACAUGCGUGAGAAAUGACGAAAUCUACGAUUCCUAAUCUCAAAAAAAAAAAAAACAAUUACAGAAUUUGUGCCUAAUUUAUUAACAGGGAAACAUUUCCAAAGAGUAGCUGAUUAGAAGAUAACAAUAGCUGUGUGAAAGUAUUCAAUUACAAUAUAUCUAAGAUCUCAAAAUAUAUGUCAUCUAGUGAUGUGCCUCAGCAUGUAAAUAUGGCUUAGCACUUUACCAAGUGAUAGACUGGGUGAAGUCCUUUCUCUGCAGUUGAAGCACACUUUAAUAUUUACCUGUGCCUGGGGCCUACGGUCCUCUCCGCACGGUGGGAAAGCACAUAGGUAAACACAGUGUGAUGUCUUCCGGACAGAGCUCUCCCUGUGGAAACCUGCAGUUUGUCUCAUUUUUAACCCCAUGUUCACCAUAUAUUUCUCAGUUACUGUACAAGUUGCCUUUAAUUGUGCAUAUCAUGACAAAUGAUCUGCAAUUUUUAAUUUCAAGGAACGUGUGGAUUGAUAUCUGAUUUCUUUCACCAUGAGGUUCGCCACACUGUUUGUUUUCCUUUGUACUUUUAGUGUUUCUGAAAUAAGUCUGUUGUAUGUCCAAAUAAUCAUUCUAACUUCCAGCGUAUUUUUAUAGAAUUUUUCAAAUCUGGUCAGAUGUAGCAUUUGUAUAUUACGUUUGAAACCUCCGUGGGGUAAGCAGAGAACAUGGGAAAUGGCUAAGAGCUUAGAUCUUCCAGACAUGCUGUUUUGAAGAACUUGGCACAGUGCCUUUUGGAACAGCUUAUCGCUAGACCUCUGAUUCCUGUGAAUCAAGAAUGUGUUGUUAGAGCUCUUUGGAUUGGACGCCCCAAUUCAAACAACGGAUGGUGUUUGGAUAACUGAAGGUUUUCUCAUGAGAGCAGUGAAGAGCCUGCUAAUUCGUAAUCAUGUGGGUUUCAAUCUUUUGAGUGUUAAUUUGCUUAUAACUAACAGUAUACCAGAAGUUUUUGCACAGCUUAAGAGAACAUGUGCAAACUAGUAGUAGCUUAAUUGAAAAUCAUUAAGUUCAAGAAAAAAGUACAUGUAUUUGUAAUCGUAUCAGGCUUUUUCACUCAUAUUUGUCAAUACAUGUAUGUUAUUUCUUGAACAAACAGCGGCGUCGCACAGUGCAGUUAUUCCAGCUUACCACUCAAAAUCUUUGUCCUGCAAAAAUUUUACUGCUUGUCGUACAAAGAGAAAAAAGAAGUACUAUUUAAAGUUUCUUGUUUGUGUAAAGCUUGGUGAAUUUUUGAAUUGGUGCUGCAGCAAAUUAUGGAAUUUAUUGGUCCUUUAGCCCUAGCUCCUUGUAGUUGUAAUUUUUAUUGAAUGAUGAUGGAUUGAUUCAUGGGUGAGGGUUUGGCUUUUUAAACUUAGGAAAGUUUAUAGAAAGAUGGGGGUAGAUUUCAGAGUUUUUAAAGGUUGUUUAGCACAUACAUAUAUGACGAAAAGCUCUUGGUUAGGCUUAGGGCAUUAAUAGGCUGGAAUUAUUUCAGCUACAUGUGAACUUCAUGUUUGUAAUAUAACAUGUGCACAGGAUUAGAACUCCAGAGCUCCUAACUGCAACAGAAUAUGACAGUGAUGAAAAUGUGUUUAAUGUUGAACUUAGCAGACAACACAAGGGGUAGGGAACAGGUGUAUAGGUAUAACUAAAUUGACGGCUGCUUAUGUCCAGUGCUGGGCAGGUGGUCACGGAAUCUACGGAAUAUAAUUUCAAUGCAUCCAGUUGGGGUCUUAUUUACAUCUUGGUUUAUGUUGCAUUGAAUGAAACAUGACCAGGAUGAAGGGCAACUAAGGCUGUGUUAAUGACUUGCCUGCUGAGGCUUCGAGUACCCCAUACAUGUAAGCCUAUGAAAAGUUGCUGAAGCCACUAGCUAGCCAGUGACUUCUGUAGCCAUGUGCGGCUUUUAGCAGCAGCCACAAGCGCUGGAUAUUUAAAACACAGACUUUGAAACGAUAGGCAUUGCUAGGUCCUCAAAAACCUUGGACCUGAGCAAAGGUGCGAGCCAGAGGAAUGAUCAAAUUUUGUUGGAUCAAAUUUUGAGGUUAAUCUUCCUCUAGAUGAGUAUAUUUUGUAAGAUAAUUUUCAGGUAAGAUUUUUUUACAUGUAGGUGUGCCUCAAACUAAUACACUGUGGUCACGCAGUGUUUAGAUGUCAAUUAUUCUCAUUCAUGUACCUUGUAUUUCAAAAUCCAAACAUAUUUAAGUAAAAUAAAAAUUCAAAAUGGAUGUGGUCUACA